UCAGUAAAUUUUUGAAAAUGGUUCCCACGGGAUUGCUUGUACUUUUGGCUGCCUGCUGUGUGUCGCAGACAUCUGCAGGAUUUGGAUUCGGACUGGGAGGUGGAGGAUCCUCCGCCCAGGCAAGUCUCCCCGGCUUGGGACUCAGUGGCAGCUAUAACGGAGGUGGAGGUGGAUUGUUUGGAAUCGGUGGCAAUCAAAAUGCUGGAUCUGCUGCCCAUCAAGCCGCAAACGGACUCCUGGGAGUGGCGGGAGCUGGAGCCAAUGCUUUGCAUCAGGCAGGAACUGCAACAGCUUCCCUUGGAGCUCAGGCUGUCAAAGAGACCGCGAACGUGGCAUCCACUGGAGCAGCUAAUCUCCACCAAGCCUCCUCUGAUACUUCCCACUCUGGCUCGGCUUCGAUUGGAGCUGGUAACUUGAAUAUCAAAACCUCAGGAACUGGAUCUGGACUUACCGUUAGUGGAACUCACAAUUUAGGAGCUGCCGGAUCCGCGGCGCAUCACGCUGCUAAUGGUGUACUUGGAGUGGCGGGAGCUGGAGCCAAUGCCUUGCAUCAGGCAGGAGUUGCGACUGCUUCACUCGGAGCUCAGGCUGUUAAGGAGACCGCUAACGUGGCAUCCACUGGAGCAGCUAAUCUCCAUAAAGCUGCCUCUGGAACCACCCACUCUGGUUCUACUUCCAUGGGAGCAGGACACUCGGGUUCUGCCUCUAUUGGAGCUGGUAACUUGAAUAUCAAAGCCUCUGGAAUCAAUUCAGGACUGUCUGUUAGUGGAUCUCAUAAUGGUGCAUCUGCAGCCCAUCAAGCGGCAAACGGAAUACUGGGUGUGGCAGGAGCUGGUGCCAAUGCUGUACAUCAGGCGGGAUCAGCCACCGCUUCUCUUACAGCUCAAGCGGUAAAAGAAACCGCUAAUGUGGCGUCUACUGGAGCAUCUAACCUCCAUCAGGCUGGCUCUGGAACUUCCCACUCUGGGCCUGCUUCGAUUGGAGCCGGUCAGUUGAACAUUAAGACCUCUGGUACAAACUCUGGACUUACUGUUAGUGGAACUCACAAUUCAGGAGCAGCAGAAUCGGCGGCUCAUCAUGCUGCUAAUGGCGUACUCGGAGUGGCAGGAACUGGUGUCAAUGCCUUGCAUCAGGCAGGAGUUGCAACUGCUUCUCUCGGAGCUCAGGCCGUCAAGGAGACCGCUAAUGUGGCAUCUACUGGGGCGUCUCAUGUUCACCAAGCAGCCUCUGGAUCUUCCCACUCAGGUUCUGCUGCUCUGGGAGCCAGUCAUUCAGGCUCUGCCUCGAAUGGAGCGGGUCACCUUAGCAUUGGAGCCUCUGGCACAUCUGGAGCUGAUUCCGCAAAGAUUAGCGCCGGUCAUGGAGCAGCCCACUCAGGCUCAGCUUCGAUUGGAGCUGGCCAUGUGAGCAUCGGAGCCACUGGAAAUACUGGAUCAGACUCUGCCAAAAUCAGUGCUGGCCAUGCCAAAAUCGAAGCCACAUCGGGCUCCUCGGGAGCUAAGAUCACUGCUGGAAAUGUGAACACCCAUUCUUCGGAAAGCAAGGGAUCUGCAGGACAUCUUGCAAGUGAAUCCAGUUCAAUGCACACUUCCUCUAGCUAUCACAAAUCCGAAUCCUACAUGGUCAGCUCUGGACACUCGACCAUUCAGUCUUCCAGUACCAUGAAAACCACCUCCGGCAGUGCUACCAGUGGUUCCAGUUCUGCUAAUCAGGGAUCAGGAUCCGCAGGACAUUUGAGCGUUGGUUCGACUGGAUCUUCUUCUGAAACUCUGCAAGCUCAAUCCUCCAAAGUCAACUCGGGACAUGUGAGUUCUGGAUCUGGACACUUGACGAUUGGAUCAUCUGGACAUACUGGUACUGCUUCGAACUCUGCUUCCCUUGGAGUUGGAAAUCUGAACAUCGGAACUACUCAAACCAGUGGUUCUAGUGCUUCAAAAGGUUCUUCCGGAUCGGCAUCCUUGAAUAUUGCAUCUGCUGGUAGUUCCAAGGGAUCUGCUGGAUCGGGUUCGGCAUCAUUGGGAUCAUCAUCUGGUCAUUUGAAUAUCGGUUCGACCGGAUCCUCUGCCGGUCAUUUGAGCAUUGGAGCCUCUGGUAACAAGGGCUCCACUUCUGCCUCUCUCGGAUCAGGAUCCGCGGCUACUGUGAUCGGAGCCCAUCAAGCCGCUCAUGAUGUUGCCCACAGUGCUGCUCACGGAGUCGCUAAUGGAAUCCUGGGCGUUGCUGGAGCAGGAGCAUCUGGUCUGUCUCCAUUGUCGCCUGUGGGAUUAGGAAGUGCAUCCUUGGGAUCGAAUGGAGGCUCUAUUUCCCUUGGCGGUAACUCUCAAGGCACUCAGGGUUAUCACAAGGGAAGUGUGAGUCUGGGAAGCAACGGACUCAGUCUUGGCGGCAAUCUGGGUGGACACUCUGGAAACGCUGGAAUCGGACUCGGUGGUGCCCAUAUUGGGGGAUCCAUCAACCGCGGAGCAGGCCUCUUCCUGGGCUAGUUUAAGAUCUCUGAUUACUGAAUUUAACUUAAAACUCUAUUAGUAUUCAUUAGUUUUGUAAUUGGAUUUCUGAAAACAUGUAGUUUCUUGUUUCUCUGUUCGAAUCCAGUCAAUAAAAAUAUAAAAUAAACUGUUUAAA